AUGGCGCCUGGCCUCUUGAAGGGGGCAUUACUGCUGGGCUGGGCGACGGCAGUUGUACCAACGUCUUCACUGCGGGGGCGCCAAGCACCGCAGUCUGCAGACUAUGUCAUCAUCGGGGGAGGACCCGCGGGCUUUGUUGUUGCAGAGUACCUCAGCCGAGAUUCCUCUAAGAAUGUCAUGUUGCUUGAGGUUGGACCUGACGCCACCACAAACUUUACAGAGACAACACCUGCCAUGUUUCUGCAGACAUUUGCGUGGAUGUGGCGGUAUAAUUCUGCACCUGAGACAAGUCUGAAUGGACGUACCCCCGACCUGGUCCAGGGUAGAGCCCUCGGUGGCGGCACUGCAGUAAACGGCAUGACAUAUUGCCGGGGAGCCGCAUCCGUAUUUGACGAGUGGGCACGUAUAUCCGGCAACGACGGGUUGGCGUGGGAUUCAAUGCUGCAGGCUUUUCAAGAAACUACUCAUUGGACUGAUUAUCCGAAUCUCACGUAUACCGCUGCACUCAACCGAACGGCGUUUGGCAACGGACCAAUAGAAGUCACCAGGCCACGAGAGUUGUUUAGUAUUGACCAACCCUUCCAUGAGUCGGCUGCAUCCAUCUUGAAUUUACCGGAGAUUGACUUCGCCUCCGGAGGGGGUAUCGGUGUCUCUCUAGGUAUGCAUACAAUUCGCUCCUCGAAUCGGACCCGCCACUUCGCUGCGAAUACUUAUGGGUACAUGGCCAAUGGUCGAGCAAACUAUCGCGUCGUCCCCAACGCCUGGGUCUCCAAGAUAGGGUUCACUGGCACGCAGGCCGAUAGCGUCAUGUAUCAGGAUCUUGUCACCCUCGAAGACAUUACUAUCUCCGCCAAAGAGGUCAUUGUUGCGGCUGGAGCUAUCAACACACCCCAGAUUCUGAAGCUCUCGGGCGUAGGCCCAGCAGACGAACUCAAUGGCCUUCAGAUCCCGGUUGUCAUGGAUGUCCCGCAAGUAGGACAAAACUUGGUCAAUCACCACUACGCUGUUGCCCAGUACGAGGCACGCCCUACGACGGACAGCCUUUGGCAACUUCAGAGCAAUUCAACACGGAAAGACAUUGAAAUCUCCAGAUAUAGAGAAAACGGCGAUGGCAUGUUGGGCACGAUAUUCGGCUCCAACCUGGUCGGAUUCCGACUGCCUGACUCGAAUCUGCCUCCCGACCGCCCACACGUAGCAUUAUAUGCGUCCUCCAGUCCAUUGUUGUCGGACGGCCCAAACAUCAGCAUCGUUUCAGGCUUCGCCUCCGUUGUGCAACCGGAGUCGUCAGGCAAUGUGACGUUGGCUUCGGCCAACUACCUGGAUGCUCCGGUGAUCAAUUCCAACUAUUGGGGCACAGCGUCCGAGGUUGCUGCUGUCAAGCAAGCAUACACUCGCCUGCGCGAGAUCUUCCACUCCCAAAACCUCAGGCCGUACUGGACGCGUGAACAGUACCCCGGCCGGAAUCUGACCGGCGACGCGGACCUGUGGGCGGCGAUCCAGGGCUCCUCGCACGACUGGCAUCACCCCGUCGGGACAGCUGCACUGGGAACCGUCCUUGACGCCCGCUGGAGGGUCAAGGGACUGUCUGGAUUGCGUGUGAUUGGCUCGGCGGCGAUGCCAACCAUCACGACUUGCCCGAUCCAAGCCGCAGUCUAUGCCAUUGCUUAUCGGUCAGCUGUAGAUAUUGCGCGGGAUGACAAUUUGAUGAUCGGGUGUAAUGAAGACCCUGGCCCAAUGUAA